UGGUCAUAGCAUAAUUAUCCUGGCUGGUUACUUUUAGAAUAAGAAAGUAGCUGAGCAUGCACUGUCUUGCUAGCAAAGUCGUCAGGGAGAAGAGGUUCCUUCCCCUCCAGAACACAAACCAGGAAUCUAGAAGAGGAGAUUACACAGCCCAUGGCAGGUCUCAUCAAAGCUUUUGCUGCGACUCUUGUUUUGUGCCUAGUUACCAGAGGAUUAUGUGAUUGCUCAUUGAACAACAUCAACAUUGGGACAGUCCGAAGUGGGAAAGAAAUAAGUGGUCAGGCAGAAUGGAACGUGACUGUGGCAAACAACUGCCAAUGUGCUCAAAGCCAAAUACAGUUGUCUUGCAUGGGGUUUCAAACAGUGGAAAAUAUUGACCCAUCAAUCCUUUCGAAGCAAGGUGAUACCUGCCUACUCAUCAAUGGCAGUUCCCUGGAGGCAUCAGCUUCUGUCAACUUCUCCUAUGCUUGGGAUCCUCCUUUUCUGUUGCUGCCACUGGGCUCUGUUAUCCAUGGCUGUUAACCUUGGAGUAUCUUUUUCGCUUUCAUUUUUUUAUAACUGCACAAUCUCCUCAAUGAAAAAGGGAUUUUAAUGUGGUUAUUAUAUAUUUGAUGUUCUUCAUGUUGUGCAUGACUGUUGCCUACAACAUUUUCGAAUUUCGACCUAGCCCAGAAUGGUGGUCUGAAGUUUCUAGACAGGCCCAAUAGCAAUCACAUUUUCUUCUUUAAGGUGGUUCAAAAACCUUUUUUUAUCAAACACUUGAGUGCGCAGGACCAAAGAAGAAGUUCUUUGAGGAUUCUACACUCAAAGCACAAAAUUCCAUAGCCAACUUUGAUAUUAAAGCAAACAAAGCCGGUCACCCCUUUGCAUCAACAAGAUUCUCUACUGAAUUGCUUGAAUUUAGAGAUAAGAGAAGUAAAAAAAAAGAAAACGAAAAGAAGAGAUGGAGUGGUUCUAUCCUAAGAGAAGGGGUCCUGAGUGGAAACAAGGGUGGACAGGCCAGGCCAUGGGUUCAGUGUCUUCUCCACCACUCCCAUUGCUAGCUAUUUUUGGCAUUGUCAUUUCCCUGUUAUGGCUCUCCCAUUACACGGGCUAUAAGGCUCAGUUGCACCGCUCUGCAAUCAACCUCCAAAUAUUCCUUGUCCUGCUGCCUAUCCUCCUGAUUUUAUUCAUGGCUUCAUAUUCUACUAAUUGGUUGCUCUACUAUCGGCUCAGAAGUUCACAGCAUGAUUCAGAUCCACGUUCCUCAGGCUCCUUUCCUUGGGGUAUUGCCAUUUUUGUGGUGGUGCUUUUAAUGUUGCUCUCUUAUCGAUCUACAUUUCAUUCCAAGUGGUUUGGACCUCUUCAGGGGUCAUAUUAAUUUGUUUUAUUAGUAUAAAUCAGCGAAAAGAUAAGUACAAACUCUGCUUAAUGUUUGUUAAUUACAACGUUAAAGAUAUACGGAUGUGCAUAUCUUAGCUUACAAUCAUUGAAUCUUUUGAGUUUCUUUGUCAA